AAGAACGAGAAUGAUAAGUCAGGUUAGAACGCCACAAGAAUAAUCUUGAUAAAUUCUGUAAAUUUCUGAAACGAACCAAAGAGAAAAGUCUCUCAAAAUCUCAAAUUCAAUAGCCUCCUCCCCAUUAGGGUUACAAGCCUUUUAAAUAGAGAAAACAAAUCCUAAUCAGAAUAGGAAAUUAACACCCUAAGUCCUAAACCUAAUAACCAUGAAUUGGGCUUCAAAUAAGCAAAUCUUCGAUUUGCUUGUUGUAUGUUGUUUUCCACCCAGAUCUACUCAAUAAGGCCAUUUAAAGGUUCACUCAUCUUCUUAGCUCUAGCUCGCGUGACUGGAUCUCCUUGGAUCUCCCUCAUCAUCGUCUUCAUCCUCCUCCUCGUAGUCACCAUCUUCGUCUUCCUUGGCAUCAACCUUAGGUUCUUGGUCACCAGUUUUAGAUUUGGGAAUGGAAGUUCCCAAAUUGUUGCUCUUGCUCGUCUGAAUUUCUUCAUUGUCCUCAAUUUCGACUUGGCGCACAAUUUUGGGGGCUUUUAGUGGGGAAUUGUCAUGGUCUUGGCCUUGCGUUUGGUGGGCAAUGUAGCUUCUUCAGAGCUCUUGGUUUUUGCCAUUGAUUCUGAUGGGAAAUUUUGUUUGGGGAAGGAAUCCGUUGGGAUUAUGACUUUAGAAAAGAAAAUUUUGAGGUUUUU